AUGCCCGCCGUCCCCUCCUCCGCCGUACCCCUCAACGCCUUCGUCGACCUCUCCUACCUCCCCGACUCCUCCCCCUACGACGGCCCCACUCCCGACCCCGACUCGGACGACCUCUUUCUUCUCCCGACCUCCGAUGGAGCCGCCGUCUCCCAGUACGUCCUCGCCCAGGUGCCCUCCACGUCCGCCCAGGGGCCCGCGCUUUGCAAGCCGCGCCUCGAGCUCGCCUCGCUCGUCCUCCACUCGCCCUCAUCUAUCAUCGGCACCCCCUUUGACCUCUCCCCCCGCUUCGAGUACCCGUUCCCGCCCGCCGUCCUCGAGGCCGCCCUCUCCGCGCGCGCCCAUCCCGCACUGGUUAUAGACAAGGGCUCCCCACCCAGGCCUCCUGCAUACGCCUCCGCGCUGUCUGCGUUCACGCACCCACUCCCGCCCCCGCUGCCCCUCGCGUCGUCUGACCCACCCGUGCCGCCAAAGGCCAAGGCCCACAAGCGCAGCUUCUCGCCCAAGUACCCCGCGAAGGACCCGCCCAUGCCCCCGGGGCUCGCCAAGAGGCGGCAGAUGAACCGUACAGACCCAGAUGCAGUCGCGGCGGAGCAGGAGGACGCACAGGCUCGGGGGCGAGGGGUGACCCUUACCGUCUUGACGGACUCGUUGGAGAAGGCGUCCAGGGAGCCGUUGCGCGCGGACAGGUGGAAGCGGAAUACGCUCGCACUGGGACAGCUUCCGCAGGGGCUGGGCAGCUACGAGCAGCUCGUCAAGAUGAAGUCGUCGCAGACCGUCAACCCGUAG